UCCACUCGACCCAACAUGAAGAUUAUCCAGUCGGCACAGUUUGUGGACAUCCCUGAGGGCGUCACCGUGACGAUCAAGUCGCGGAACGUUACCGUGACCGGCCCGCGUGGUACCCUCACCCGCCGGUUCAACCACCAGAUGCUCGAGAUGGAGCUUGUGGAGGGCGGCAAGAAGGUGAUGGUUCAGUCGUGGCACUCGAACCGCAAGAAGCUGGCGUGCAUCCGGACGACGGCUUCGCAUGUGCAGAACAUGAUUGUCGGCGUUACCCAGGGCUACCGGUACAAGAUGCGCCUUGUGUACGCUCAUUUCCCCAUCAACACUUCGAUUGUCAAGGACGGCAAGGAGAUCGAGAUCCGCAACUUCCUCGGCGAGAAGCGGACACGUGUGGUUCCGAUGCGCGAGGGCGUCAUCAUCAAGCGUGGUGAGGACGUCAAGGACGAGCUCAUCCUCGAGGGCAACGACGUCGAGAAGGUCUCGCUCACUUGCUCGGACAUCUACGGGUCCACCCUCGUGAAGAACAAGGAUAUCCGCAAGUUCCUUGACGGUGUGUACAAGUCGGAGUCGGGCCCCAUCCCCGUUGACGAGUAAAUCCCCUCUUCUGCGUC